UGUAACUACGGCACUGUAAAUGAAAGUGUUACCAUUUUUUUUUUUAAGAAUGCAAACAUUGAGGGAACAUUCCAUUUUAGCAUUUUGCAAACAUUGUGGGAAUGUUCUCUGAACAUUCUGAAACAUUUGAAAAUCAUUAGAAGAGCAUCCAACUAAAACAUUUCAGAAAAAAAGUUUCAUAACUUAUGUAUAAAUAUUGUUUUUGUGCUACCAUUUUGAGAACAUUAUUAAAGACAAGAUAACACUGACCAAACAUUCUAUUAACAUUACUGGAAGAAUGUUUGCUCGUAACUUUGAAAGAACCUUAUACCAGAACGUUAGCCAAAGUUCUGUGAACAUUCCCUGUUGGCUCUGUACUUAGUGAAAUUAAAUAGUUAAAUAGUUUUAAGAUCUGCCAGAAAUUUCAUUUUUAGUUUUUUUUUUUUUUAUAAAUCUAUUGGGUUUACACAAUAGCAGCUGUUUUUACUUUGAGUCGGAUGAUACAUUAGGUCCACUUAAAGUACACUUGAAAAAUACUAAACAAUUAUGUAAGAGCAAUAUCUUUGUCAGUUUUGUAUAUUAUAGGAUAACAACUGUGGAUUUCAAUGAAUUCCAAAGUUGUUAGCUCACAAAAGAUAAAAAUGAUAUAAAAGAUAAAAUGUUUUCUCCCCUUCACCAAAAGGAUCUAAGCAAUGAAACUCCUUAUAGUCUUAGACAGAUUUGAACUGUGCCAAUAAUAACAUUAGACAUGAAUGCAGAAGUGCUUCAGGCAUUGGUUAGAUGCUGCGAAAUCUACAGUUAAGUGUGGCAUGUUCACCUGUAUUUACUGUAGGCUUUUAUUUGAAGACAGACACUAACUGUAGUGUUUACAAAUUUCAAGCAAAAGAUUUACUGUAUAUAGUAUAUAUGUAAAUACUUUUUAUAUCUAUAUGUGUCAUUAAUACUAGAAUUUUUCCAUAUUUGUGUUCAUUUUAUUUCAAGUUUUAUUGCACUGUCAUUUGCCACCUUACAACCUUGCAGUUAAUCAAAAGUUAAUACAGCAUUUGUCAGAUUUCUCAUAAAUUCUCAAUAAUAAAGUUUUGUACUUGUCACCUUUUCUUUGGAACUAGUUGCUUCAUCUUGAAUUCCCAGCAUGAGUCUCUUGCUUUACAAUACAGAAGUGUAAGGCUGCCCUCUCUUGUUUUUGUGAGGAAGGGCAAGCAAGAAUUUAAUGCUUUAAUUCAGUGAUUCAGAAUGUUUUCAGUUUACGUCUUGAUGUUUUGUUUGUGUUUUUAACAUUUUAAUUUAGAUAAUAGUUACAUUACUUUAAUAAUCUAUUCAUUUAAAGUCAUCCUGCAGUCCCCUUGGAAGUUUGCUGAGGCUCCCUGAUUAAGAAUCACUAAUUUGCAGUGAAAGAAUUUGUAUAAUUAUGAAAUAAUUAUGUACACGAAUGAGCAAAUAUAAUAGAAAUAAAGAAUAUAUGGAGUGAAAUGGUGAGUACAGCAUCCAAAAUCAAAACCAUAAACCAGAUCCUUUAGAAAAUAAAGAACAAAAAGCAUCUCUCUUCUUCUUCUUUUCUUUUCUUUUUUUUUUUUUUUUUUUUUUUUACAUUAGGUUCCUGGGUAUGUUACAUCAAAAUAUUAAGGUAAACGUCCUAUAUGACUCAUAGACAAAACAUAUCACUAUUUCUAUCAUAAAUAGUUUUUCUACAAUCUAAAGAGAUUAGUUGAAGUUCAAAUCUCAUAGUUAAAAGUUUUGCUUGAAACUCUUUUGUUUGAAACACCAGACAGUUAAACCAGACAGUCAAGUCACCAGAAACCAUGCUACCACUUCCUGUGACACAUUUUCAUGUGCGAGAAUGUCAUACAUCUCCAGCCUCCAUCAAGAAACUCUAAUCGUCUUCAGUGAAUGAUGGAGUCCAACUCAACCUGUGCAACUGUCAAUUUUAAUUUUACGCACAAAUUUUUGCCCUCAGUCUACGUGACUGUUUUCACACUUGGAGUAAUUGGCAACUGCUUGGGACUGAAAUCUGUGUAUGAUAACUGGAAGAAAAUGGGUAAUAUAAACAUAUUUGUGGUCAACCUUUGCCUGGCAGACAUUUUAUAUCUUUUCACUUUGCCUUAUUUGGUGGUUUACUACGCAUCCGACAGCAAAUGGAUAUUUGGAGAAGUUUUCUGCAAGAUUUUAAGAUUGUGUUUCUGCAUCAAUCUAUACGGCAGCAUUGGUUUCCUCACGUGCAUCAGCGUUUACCGGUAUCUGGGCAUCGUUCACACUUUAAGGGUUAAAGGCAGAAUUGAAACAAAACACUCGGUGGUGAUUGUUUUGCUGGUGUGGUUUUUGGUUUUUCUUCAGUGUCUGCCUGAUAUGUUCUUUGACAAAACCUCCAGCAACAUAACAACUUGUUUUGACACAACUUCGGACCAGUACAUAAGGGAAUACCUGAAGUACAGCAUCGGAAGGACGGUUGUUGGAUUCGGACUCCCGUUGUUAAUAACUGUAUGCUGCUACGGACAUGUGGCGGUAACUCUGAUGACUAAGAAAGACAUCGAUGUCAUCUUGAAACUGAGAUGUCUCAGGCUGGUUGUUAUCCUGACCCUGCUCUUCUCUAUUUGUUUCAUUCCUUAUCAUAUUUUUAGAAAUGUCAACCUGGCAACUCGAAUCUCCAAGCUGGACGGCACGUGUAAGAAAUGGUAUUCUAAUGUGUACAUCUUAAACCAGGUUGGCAAUGCAUUGGCAUGCAUGAAUAGUGCGAUCAACCCACUGGUUUACCUCUUUAACAGUGACGAAUUGCUAAUGAAGUGUUUUAUGAGGUGCAGACGAGCACGUCAAUCUGCUGCGGUCCCUCUUGUGGGGGAAUCUCCCUUUCAGAAUCAUAAUAUUGACUGCAUGACCAUGGGAUGAAUGGAGAUUCUUUGUGUGAUAACUUUGUUCUUGCCUCGAGGACAUGACUGUUCGUCUAGAUGAUGUACAGUGUAAAAAGUGAUUCUUAUCUCGUUCAUUUUGAUGGUGCAUGUGGUUAUGACUGGUCCCUUUCUAUCACAGUAGGCCUGUACAUCUGGUGACAGGAUAUGCACUUACUUCUUCACUGUAUUCUGUAAAACAGAGAUGAGUUUGUUCUUAUUGUGUUUCAGUUCAAAGCAAGGCCAUUUUUAUGGGAUAAUCAUAGCUAAAUGUGACAUAUUUUUAUGCAGCUGUUUUAAACAGCAAUUGCAAUGCUUACUUGCAUGCACUGAAUACUAGAAAAUAAAUUUUUUUGUUUGCUACAUAUAUUUUUAUGUACAGUAAAUUCAGCUGAACUUACUUCAUAACUGAGAUUUGAGUUAUGUACAUUCAUCAAUAUUACAGUAAUGCUGUUAUUUCUGUGCAACAGGAAACUGCUGUUGCCAGUGAAUUUUUCACACAGUAUAGUGCAACUGAAGUGUUGAUAGCCAUGUUUAGAUAUGACAAACACCAAGCAAUGACUUACUACUUCUGUGCCAUGUGGUAAAAACCGAACAGAAAGAUCCUAUUUUUGUUCAAGAUAGACUGAAAAACUAUAUACUUGCAACCAAACGCAUGUACAAAACUAUGUAAAAAAUACAUUAAAUACCUAAAAUAUGGGUUCACUUGGAACAAGGAUAAAUGUGGAGAUAUUUAAAUAUUUAAUAUAAUACUAUUACUAUUUUAUGAACAUUUUAGUUUACUUUUGUAAGAUAAAUAUUUUAGUAUACUGUGUUGUUAAAACAAAAGGCAGUAAAGUUAUUCUUUAUCCCAUUAUUGUCUUUAUCACAGAUUGUAAAUGUGUAUUAUUGUUUUGUGUGUCUUUCUUUUUUUAGCAUUGAGUUUUUUUGUUUGUUUUUUUUAAUACCAUGCACCACAAGAUCAAAGUUAAGAUCAAGUUAAAGCAAUAAAUAGUGAAGAUUUUUUUGCCA